AUGGCACAGCUCCAAGAUAAGGUAAUUGCGAUCACGGGCGCCGGGUCGGGGAUUGGACGCGCGACGGCGCUUACGGCCGCUGCUCGGGGGGCGUCGCUGGCCUUGUGCGACGUGAACUGCAAAGGUCUCGACCAGGUCGUCGAAGAAAUCCGCGCUCUAGGAGGAGUCGACGUGGUGGGGACGGUGGUCAACGUCGCAGACUCGAACAGCGUCGAUGCGUGGAUUUCCGCGACCGUCCAGCAUUUUGGCCGGUUGGACGGUGCCGCCAAUGUCGCCGGAGUGGAAUCCAGCCCGGACGGGACCGUCUAUGCGCCCAUUGUCGACACCACCAACGAGCACUGGAACCAUAUACUAGGCAUCAACUUGACGGGUCUGUUCUACUGUCUUCGCGCCGAGUUGCGCGUCAUGGAUCAAGGAGCAUCCAUCGUCAACGUCUCCAGCGUGGGCGGCCUGGCUGGGAGAGAGAGUUUUGGCGCCUACAGCGCCAGCAAACACGGCGUGGUGGGCAUCACAAAGACCGCCGCCCGAGAGGUGGGCGUCAACGGCAUCCGCGUCAAUGCAAUUUGUCCUGGAAUCACGCAAACUCCUAUGAUGGAUCGAUUGUCCGAUGGGGCACCAGCGUCGAUGGUGGCCUCCAUGUAUAUCCCUUUACAGGACCGGGGCACACCUGUACAUAUGGCCAAGACCAUUUGUUUUGCGCUCAGUGACGAUGCAGCCUACACAACGGGUGCUUUGUUCACAGUGGACGGAGGCAUCAUGUCGUAG